AUGGAUUUUGGUAAUUCAAAAUCUGUGAGAUUUCAAGAUGAUCUUGAAACUGCAAAGUUGGCAACACCCAAAAGAGGCAAUUUGUUCAAGCUCAGCUCUGUAAUCAGUGGAAAACAAACACCCGAGUCAUGCAUGAAGAUUCCUACGGCAAAGAUAAUAGGGAAGCAAUUUCAAGAGAAAAAGCUUUUGAGAGUUUUCUCUGAGGACUAUGAUGUGGUGCAGAAGAACAUACUAGAUCCUCGAGGAACUGUUGUAAACCGCUGGAACAAAUGUUUCUUAGUUGCUUGCCUUAUUUCCCUUUUCGUCGAUCCCCUAUUUUUCUAUUUGCCAGAGGUGAAAGAGGAUAUGUGCAUGGAAGCAAGUGUGCCCCUUGAGAUAGCCCUUACAGUUGUUCGAUCUCUAGUUGAUGCAUUUUACAUCAUCCAGAUUUUUGUCCGGUUUCGAACUGCUUAUGUUGCUCCGUCCUCUCGUGUGUUUGGGAGAGGAGAGCUGGUUAUAGAUUCUACAAAGAUAGCCUCAAGAUAUAUGCAUAGAGACUUUUGGCUUGACCUAUUGGCUGCUCUACCCCUUCCACAGGUAAUGACAAACAACAAUCGAUCUUUUGAGAGGUAG